AUGCUUGACCUGGACUCCUGGCCUCACACUCCUCACGGUGUCCUGCUGCUGACCCUACUGCUGGGACUCUCAGGAGCAGCUACAGAGGACCUGAAGGUGAUUCAGCACGAGAAAGCAGUUUCUGUCAGUGCUGGAGAGUCAGCCACUCUGAACUGCACUGUGACCUCUCACCGUCCUCUGGGGCCCAUUAAGUGGUUCAGGGGCACAGGACAGAGUCGGAAACUAAGAUAUAAUUUCACAGGAGAGAAGUUUCCCAGAGUCACAAAUGUUACAGAUACUACAAAGAGAAACAACCUGGACUUUUCCAUCCGCAUCAGUAAUGUCACAACUGAUGAUGCUGGUACCUACUACUGUGUGAAGUUCCAGAAAGCAGACUCUGACAAGGAGUUUCUGUCUGGGGGAGGCACAGUGCUGUAUGUCCUUGCUAAACCGUCUCCUCCUGUGGUCUUGGGCCCUGCAGCCAAAGUUGCUCCUGGGCAGACAGUAAACUACACAUGCAAGUCCCACGGUUUCUACCCUUGGAACAUCAUGUUGAAGUGGUUCAAAGACAGAAAUGAGCUCUCUCACUUCCAAACUACUGUGGACCCCAAAGGAGAAAGCAUCUCCUACAGUAUCUCCAGCACAACCCAUGUGGUGCUGAGUGCUGGGGAUGUCCACUCUCAGAUCACCUGUGAGGUGGCCCAUGUCACCUUGCAAGGAGGCCAGCUUCGUGGAACUGCCAAAUUAUCUGAUAUUGUUUCAGUUUCACCCACCCUGGAGAUCAGUGAGCAGCCAUCAGUGAUAUGGAAUCUGAUAGGUGUCACCUGCCAGGUGAAUAAGUUCUAUCCUUCGAAGCUUCGGUUGACCUGGAUAGAGAAUGGAAAUAUAUCCCAUACAGAAGACCCUUCUACAUUCACUGUAAACAAGGAUGGAACCUACAGUUGGACCAGCUGGCACAUAGUGAAUGUAUCUGCCCAUGAGGAGGACAUAAUACUCACCUGCCAAGUUGAGCAUGAUCAACAGCCACAGGAAAUAACAACUCAUACUGUGAUGGUCAGUGCACAUCAGAGGGAACAAGGUAUUAGCACCAUGUCUGACAAUGACACACCCAGUAACUAUCAUACAGGUUAUGUGCCAACAACAGAAGCAGAAGAUGAUGUCAUCAACAGUUUCUACACAGAUCUACAGAACGAGGUCAGCAGGAUGCAUAAGAAUGAUACUAAUGAUUAUGGGUGA